AUGGAUAAGGCGGGAAAAGUCUGUAUAUACUUACAUACACUCACUCUAUCUAUCUAUCUAUCUAUCUAUCUAUCUAUCUGUUAUCUAUCUAUCUAUCUAUCUAUCUAUCUAUUUACUCGGGUUUUUAAAUAUCUAAACCUGUUACUAGCUUUAUCUCUUUCUUUAUAUAUAAAUAUGACUGUGUAUCUAUCCGCUUCAUUCGCUUUACAACUGAUCAUGUCACCUAUCUAUCUAUCUAUCUAUCUAUCUAUCUAUCUAUCUAUCUAUCUAUCUAUCUACUCGUGGCUUUUAAUAUCUAAACCUGUUACGAGCUUUAUCUCUUUCUUUAUAUAUAAAUAUGUCUGUGUAUCUAUCCUCUUCAUUCGCUUUACAUCUGAUCAUGUCACCUAUUUAUCUAUCUAUCUAUCUAUCUAUCUAUCUAUCUAUCUAUCUAUCUAUCUUUUUUCAAUAUUUCAAAUCUAUUACUAUAUUUUAUGUCAUUUCAUAUCUAAAUAUCUAUCUAUCUAUCUAUCUAUCUACUCGUGUUUUUUAAUAUCUAAACCUGUUACUAGUUUUAUCUCUUUAUAUAUAAAUAUAUCUAUCUGUGUAUCUAUCUGCUUCAUUCGCUUUAUAUUGGAUAAUGCUAUCUAUCUAUCUAUCUAUCUAUCUAUCUAUCUAUCAUUCUCUUUAUAUCUCAGUAUCCUUCUCUUUCUUCGCCCUCUCUCUCUCUCUCUCUUUCUCUCUCUUUGCCUAUCUGUUUCAUGCUCUUUAAUUCUCAGUAUGAUACUUAUCUAUCUUGCUACUCAAUCUCUUUGCAUCUCUACCUGUUAUUUUCUUUCUUUCUUUCUUUCUUUCUUUCUUUCUUUCUUUCUUUCUUUCUUUCUUUCGUCACCGAAUAUAUUUAGUUUGCAAUAUACUUAUCUCUAUCUAUAUACAUAA